AGCUGCUGUUUACUGCAACAAAGAAACCGUCGCUUCAACGCCGAGACACAUGUAACAGCGCCGGGAUAACGCAGCUGUCAUCAACGGAGAAGAGGAGAGGCUACUCGGAGAGGCUCGGUUCUUCUGACCUCGUCGAGAAAUCCCCAGCGAGAGGAGUCGUUUGGAGACGAGUUGAGUUUCUGUUCGCAGGAGUGGCCGUGUCUUUCUGAAGACAUUUGUGGCAUGAAAUCAGAUCGCACACAUCUUUCAUUCAUCACCUCCUUCAUCUCCCUCCACCACUCUCCAGUUCGGAACUCUCACCUCAGCUCCACUGCAUUGAUGAGGUAGCGUCACGCUCUACGCAGCGCAGCAGCCAACUGCACAAACACCACCCUCCCCUCUUCCUCCCCCCUCCUUCAGUCAGCCCUUCCAUCGCAGCCAUGGGACAGAAGAUCUCUGGCAGCAUUAAAUCGGUAGAUGGUCGCGGGGAAAGCGGCGGUUCCCCGUCAUACCGGCCCUUGGCUCACCGCCGGCAGCACCCUCAACUGAGGGAUCCAGAUUUCUCCAAACCUCCCAGGCUGGAUCUCUUGCUGGACAUGCCAUGUGCUGGAUUGGAGACCCAGCUCCGUCACGCGUGGAACCCUGAAGACCGCUCACUCAACAUCUUCAUCAAAGAGGAGGAUAAACUGACAUUUCAUCGCCACCCGGUCGCUCAGAGCACGGACUGCAUCCGGGGGCGGGUCGGAUACACACGGGGUCUCCAUGUGUGGAAAGUCCAUUGGCCCUCCCGCCAGCGUGGCACCCACGCUGUGGUUGGGGUAGCAACCUCAGAAGCUCCUUUACAUUCUGUUGGGUACACGGCGUUGGUAGGGUCUGACUGUGAAUCCUGGGGCUGGGAUCUGGGACGCAACAGGCUCUACCAUGACAGUAAGAACAGGGCACAUAGCUCGCUGCCCUCUUACCCUUGUUUCCUGGAGCCGGAGGAGUCAUUCACCCUGCCGGACUCUCUGCUAGUGAUUCUGGACAUGGACGAAGGGACGCUGAGCUUCAUGGUGGACGGACAGUAUCUAGGAGUCGCAUUUAGAGGACUGAAAGGCAAAAAGCUGUAUCCUAUCGUCAGCGCCGUGUGGGGGCAUUGUGAGAUAUCCAUGAAGUACAUCAACGGCUUGGACCCCGAGCCUCUUCCUCUGAUGGACCUGUGUCGGCGUGCGGCCCGCCUCGCGUUGGGCCGGGAGCGGCUUCAGGAGAUCGAGAGCCUCCCCCUGCCCCAGUCUCUGAAAAAUUACCUCCAAUACCAGUGACUGACACCAGCAGAGCCAACUGGGAGUAUAUGGACACAAAGCAGACCACCAGAAAGUCUGGAAGAUGGAUUAAAGCAAUUAUUUAAAGAAUGCAAGGAGAGGAUGUCCACACUGAGAGCGCCAUCGCUUUACAAAAGAUGGAUUUAAAAAAGGAUGGAGAGAAAGAUGGUGGAUUAACUGACGGAGGAAGUCCAGGCUUUCAAACAAAGAACAGGACAGCACCAGCUUCUUUUGGAUUUCCAGCUGCUUUUUCAUUCGUUUUUGACUUGAAAUAAAUUAUUAAUGAUGGUAUCCCAUCAGCGUCUCACUCAUCCAGAAAGAAAACCCAUCCUCUGAUGGCACGCUGUGGUUGAGAGGUGACAGUGUUCAGACAACCACCGCCACCUAGUGAUGAGAAUAAAAAACUGCGCAGAGAAAGCACACUAAUCCUAUCCCUGGAGGCCUUUCUGACACACAGUCAGUGACCGUAUCAUUGCUGUUGGAUACCGCAGUGUGUAUUCAUGGUCUCCACUAGCACAGGUGGCAGGCUGCAGAGCACAGAUGUCCAAGAGGAUUUUAGCACUAAUGUUGAUUUUUAUCUGACUGACUCGGGUCCCGACCAAAAGCUCACAUCACAUACAGAGUAGAUCAAAACAUGGCUGUAAGGUGCAGGCAAAGUUCAGUCAGAGAAAUAAAGCAUGCCCAGCUUAAUGCUGACAUCUAAUGAGAAUUAAACCCUUUUCAGACAUGGGUACAUCCAUCAGUUUAAGCUUUUUUCUUAUUCAGAGUUGGUUGCGUAAAAGUUGGUUAUGGCUAUGUUCACUGAGGUUAUGCAGCAUUUAGCAGCUAGUGCGUGGGAAGGAGCGGCGGAGCUAAAAGUUAACGAUAUGAAGGAAGAAAAGUGGAUCAGUGAUGGAUUUUAACAUAUAUUUUGCCGUUUUAGUCCUAAUUAAUGAGAGAGAGAAACUCACCACUGGUCUCCACUCAUCAAUUUCAUUAUUUAUUAACAUUUAUUUUAACCUGCUGCAGAUUAUGGUAUAAUGUCCAACUGUGCACAAGUAGAGAAUGGUAAGACGUUUGGGUUUGAUUAUCUGCUGUAUGUAAAGCAUUUUUAUAUACAGGAUAUUCAUCAUUUCAUCCAUUCAAUUAACUUGUACAGUUAAAGUGGAAAAAUGAAGAGGGUCUCAUAAUUAUUGUUAAUUGUUAUUCUAUUUACAGAUCUAUUUACAUUGUGCAUAGAAAAUAAUAAUCAAGUGUUAAAUUUGUGCUCCUGAAAACUUGCCCUCAAAUAUUAAUUAUUUCUCUGUAACAUUAAUGAGCACCUAUCAGGUUGGAAAAAAAACAGUCAAAAACUUUGGCAGAAAAUUGUGUAGGAAGAAACUCCUUUAAUAAGGGAACGAGACGUGCAUUUAAUCCUUCGAUGUGCACGCUUUGUGCUGCUACAGCCUAAAUGUUAAUGCGAUGAUAUCAAAUUAAGAGCAGCACUGUGUGGGAAGUGUUAUGGGAUGUCCGACUCAUUGCCGUCAUGACUUUUAUGUAACAAGCUGCAUGCCUGAAAGGGGCAGUAUUAAAGAAACAAACAAGACAAAACAGUAGUGUUAAGUUGCACUGAGAACCAUUCCUCACAGACACUAAAUGAUCUAUUGUGAUGUUAGUCACACCCAAAGUAUUUCAUACUAAGCCAUGGAGUGUGUGAACGUGUGUGUAGGUCAUGGCCCGUCGCAGUGGAACUAGUGCUAACAUGCUGUUGGCAGUAAGAAGAGCCUCACCUGCUGUUGUAGCACCCUGCUGUAGCUCACUGGUACCAGACAGAAUCUGUCUGCUCUCCACACAACUGUCUUAAUGACCACAAACAAACAAACAAACACAUAAACAGGACCAGAGCAGAUCUAGUCUCACUGGAUCUAUAACAAAGGCUGGAGCGGGAUGGAGGAACAUUACUGCUACUGCAGUAGCAGGGCAGAUUUGUUUCUUGCUCAGAAUGUCCAUGUCCACACACACACACACACACACACACACACACACACACACACACACACACACACACACAGUAGACCAAUA